AUGGCGAGUUUCCCCUUGGCCAGAUUCACGGUUGCUGCUGCAGGGUUAAUGGGAUUCGGAUACAUUCUCAUGAGAGCAACCGUACCCACCGAAGAGCAGCUAUACAAUGAAAUGGCUCCAGAUAUCAGACGCAAGGUCGACGCCAGCCGAGCAGCUCGAUUGUCUCGAGAACAGGCUGCUGCGCGCCAAGCUGACGCUCAGCUGAGCAAUCCCGAUCCAGACGCUGCGAAACCUAUAUGGGCCAAUGAUAGAAACAAAUAG